AUGUUCCACCAAAUCAAUGUACGCGAAGCAGACAUGCACGUACAAAGAUUUCUGUGGUGUGACAAAGAUGACGCGUUGGACAAGCCCAGUGUAUAUGUCAUGCGAGCUUUAACAUUUGGCAUUAGCUGUGCGCCAUUCAUUGCACACUAUGUCCGCAACAAAAACGCAGAUAAUUUCGUGCCACAACACCCGAGAGCCGUCGACGCCAUCAAGAACCACCACUACGUAGACGACUUCAUAGACAGUGAGGAUAGUGAGCAAGUGGCGUUAGAUCUGGCAGAGGCAGUGAAAGCGAUACAUGCAUCAGAAGGCUUCUAUAUCCGCAAUUGGGCUUCAAAUUCAGCCUUGGUAUUGGCGCGUUUGGAAAAACGCGUCACAGGAGGUCAAGCCCCCGUGCAGCUGGGCGCAAGCGAAAAAGUAUUGGUUUGCGAGGUUGAAGCGAGACGUAAUACCAGCAACUUAUCACCAACUAAGCGUGAAGUCCUACAAGUUUUGAUGUCAAUAUUUGACCCUUUGGGAUUCUUAUCCCACUUUACAAUUGCGCUUAAAAUUCUGCUACAAGAAAUUUGGCGAUUGCGCAUCGACUGGGAUGAGGAGCUGCCAGACGACCUGUACUCAAAAUGGCGUCAAUGGAAAACAACCGUAUCACAAAUGCUGUCCAUAGAAAUUCCGCGAUGCUACUCACUUAAUCUGAAUAAAGCAACGGACGUUCAGUUGCAUACCUUCGUGGAUGCCGGCGAAUACGGGUACGCAGCGGUGAGUUACUUACGGGUGCAACUCGGUAACGAUGUAGAUCUUUCGUUAAUAGCGGCGAAGUCAAAAGUGGCUCCCCUGAGUCCAGUUUCGAUACCACGGCUGGAGUUGCAGUCCGUGAUAACCGGCGUACGGCUUGCAUCAAAAACAGAAGUGAUUCCACGUUUACCUAUCAAGCGAAAAGUUUUCUGGACGGACUCGUCUACCGUGUUAAAGUGGCUUACGAUGGACCCUAGGCAGUUUCGGCAAUUCGUCAUGUACCGGGUAGCUGAGAUAUUGGAAAAUACAAACCUUCAACAGUGGCGGUGGGUACCCUCACGACUCAACCCUGCAGACCUCGCAACUAAGCAAGAAUCCAAAGUGGACAGCGACACGUGGAUCAACGGACCUUAUUUUUUGAAAGCCGAUGAAAACGAUUGGCUUAGCCGUAAAGACUUUGGUCCAAUCGAUGACAGCGUCGAAAUCAGACAUCACGCUCUACACAUACAAAUACCUAAGCAGCAAUUGGUGAUGAACAAGGCAUCAUGA